UUUAAUCUCCACUCCUUAUUUUGCUGAUUCUCAUCUAAAACAACAUGCUUCCAACAACAUCAAUCCUGAUAAAAGGAUCAUUAUUAGCAUUUAUGGUUUAAUUAGAGAGGGUCAGAUGGUUUCUUUUAAUCGUUUCUUUAUCAUUGGUUCUGCCAAUGGCCUUGUAUGCAUCUGUCCUAAGGAUUUUGAACUUUUGGUGGUCAAUCCUUGCACUAGACAGACCAUGAAAAUACUUGAACCCCCACCCGAACCGCUUCCUAAAAGCACCCACAGGUGGGAUUUGAUUUGGGGCUUUGGUUACGAUUCUUCCAACAAUGACUACAAGAUUGUGCUAGGCCUUGAGACGAAGAUGAGUACACGUUUUUAUGUUUUUUCAUUAAAAACCUGUCUUUGGAAAUUUGUCCAAGAAAUUGAACUUAUAGAUACCAAUUGGAAUAGGGUAUCUGGUCUCUUAUGUGAUGGGGCACUUCACUGGUUUAUGUUGAAUUUGCAAAGUAAGGAGAAUAUCAUUCUUUCUUUAAAUUUAUCUCGCGAGGAAUUUACAGUAACCCAACAACCAGACCCUGACAACCAUCCUUCAUAUGAAUAUGGUUGUUCUUACACCCUAGGGGUCUUGGAAGAAUGUCUAUGCAUUUAUGAACUUGACGCUGUGUUACCGCCCACCCCCACCAAGAUAUGGGUGUUGCGAAGCUAUAAGAGCGGAAAACAGUCGUGGGUAGAGUUGCCACUUAAUCAUGUGAUGAAUCAUGGUGUUGCAUACCACAUGAACAAAGAUGAUUACUCUUAUGAUGACACACCACACUUAUCCAUCUCUGGGGAGUAUCUUGGGGCCCCUAUAUUUGUGCCUAGUCUUAUAUCUCCCCAUAAUGUUAAAAUGGAUUCUAGUUCUAAGUCCGGCUCUAACUGUGACAUCUGUCACCAAAACUGUGGAAGAGAAAGCGGCUGGCAUGGCAAAGAAGAAUGCACUAAUAAGUUAAUCAAAGGGCGGAGUCCCAGACUUUGAGCUGUUGAAGCGGUCAAUGAUAACAGGGAAUUGGUGUAUGUCCUUUUUGCUUCUUCUUUAGUACUACAAAUCUAUCUUCAAAUAUUUUCUAGUAUCAUGUGUUUGUUGGAUUUCAGUAAAUUGAGUGUGAUGGUUCUUUAAAGCAGACUGUUUAUUUA